AUGUUGUUGAAGGUUAGAAGCUAUCUUGGGGCAAUUGUAGCAGUAGAUAUGACAGUGCAGGAAAAGGCUGUUGUACGAGCCGUAAUAGUGGCGGAUAGUGAUCAAAUUCUUAUUCUGGGAUACAUGGCUUUUUUAAAUGGGGGUAUUCAUUAUUUUGCAUCUGGAGAUAGGGAAGAGGAUGAAAAGGGAGAGGACGGGCUGAAUGUUCUGGGUAAAGACCAUGCUUAG